CAAGCAAAUUAGUUUUCCUCCAGUCAUUAUUAAGUUCGUUUCGCCUUCGCCACAAUACAGAGAGAAAAAAAACACAACUGCGUCGUUAUGGUUAAUACUGCUGUACAAAAAUGGAUGUCUAACGAAAUGGAAAGAUUAUCCUCCAAAUGGGAACGUUACAAGCCAGCCUGCUCCGGCUAUAAUCGCAUACAUUCAGCACGUCUAUCGAAAAGUGUUACGCAUAUGCUCAAUAAUCCAUUGCCUGCCCAGGAUCGCUUGGGCUGCAGUUCGUCGGCAUCGGCGGCUGCCAACAAACAACGAAGACAUUCGAAUGGUCAGGUUCUGAGCCGCCGGCAACCAGAAUGGGAAGAAGUUUAUCCCGAUGUACGUUACCAAUGUCAGGAUGUGGAUAACGAGAGCGAAGAGAAAGCACAAAAGUUUGCCUACUAUCGCAAUUGUUCAACAAGAAUAACGUAAUUGCAAUGAAAUGUUGGAGAAAACAUGAGGUUUUGCUUUUGUUUCGCCCACAAGGACAGUGGUGUGAAUUGUCCUUGCUGAGGGCUAUUUGUGUCACUUACUAUGACAUUGCAUUUGAAGAAGAAGAUUGUUUGCAUUUGGUGGAACAGUGGAACAAUGUUUUAUUAUAGUUAUUAUGUUUUAAGGACGAAUGUGUUUUUAUUAUGGAAACAAAACUUUUUUACAUAUUGCCUAAAUGUCAAAGGAAUCCUUGCUUUAAAUGAGAAAAAUACACGAAAAUUAAUUUAAUUUUAAAAAAUAUAUGUCUGUGAAAUAUUGCUUGUUCGAAAUAAAUAAAUGAAAAUA